GGUGGCCGGAUGACGUGGCUGAGUCAGAGGAAGAGGCAAGGAGGCGCCGGGGGGCGGGGGAGGCUCCGGACCGGGCGGUGACGGCGGCGGCGCGGAGGAGCCAGAAGCUGGGCCCGGGCCCCCGUGCGUCUGUCCGCGCCCCGUGGAUGCGAAUCGGCCGCGGCGGAGGCGGCGGCGGCGGAGGAGUCGGUGGCCCGGCGCCGGGCCGGUGGGAGCGCGGAGGAUGAGGCCGCUGCCGGGCGCUCCCGGCGUGGCGGCGGCCGCCGCGCUGUUGCUGCUGCUGCUGCUGCCCCGGGCCCGGGCGGACGAGCACGAGCACACGUAUCAAGAUAAAGAGGAAGUUGUCUUAUGGAUGAAUACUGUUGGGCCCUACCAUAAUCGCCAAGAGACAUACAAGUACUUUUCACUUCCAUUCUGUGUCGGGUCAAAAAAAAGCAUCAGUCAUUACCAUGAAACUCUGGGAGAAGCGCUUCAAGGAGUUGAAUUGGAAUUUAGUGGUCUGGAUAUUAAAUUCAAAGAUGAUGUGAUGCCAGCCACUUACUGUGAAAUUGACUUAGAUAAAGAAAAGAGAGAUGCAUUUGUGUAUGCUAUCAAAAAUCACUACUGGUACCAGAUGUACAUAGAUGACUUACCAAUAUGGGGUAUUGUUGGUGAAGCAGAUGAAAAUGGGGAAGAUUACUAUCUUUGGACCUAUAAAAAACUUGAAAUAGGUUUUAAUGGAAAUCGAAUUGUUGAUGUUAAUCUAACUAGUGAAGGAAAAGUGAAACUGGUUCCCAAUACUAAAAUCCAGAUGUCAUAUUCAGUAAAAUGGAAAAAGUCAGAUGUAAAAUUUGAAGAUCGAUUUGACAAAUACCUUGAUCCGUCCUUUUUUCAACACAGGAUUCACUGGUUUUCAAUUUUCAACUCCUUCAUGAUGGUUAUCUUCUUGGUGGGCUUAGUUUCAAUGAUUUUAAUGAGAACUUUAAGAAAAGAUUAUGCCCGGUAUAGUAAAGAAGAAGAAAUGGAUGACAUGGAUAGAGACCUAGGAGAUGAGUAUGGAUGGAAGCAGGUGCAUGGAGAUGUAUUUAGACCAUCAAGUCACCCGCUGAUAUUUUCCUCUCUCAUUGGUUCUGGAUGUCAGAUAUUUGCUGUGUCUCUCAUUGUUAUUAUUGUUGCAAUGAUAGAAGAUUUGUAUACAGAGAGGGGGUCAAUGCUCAGUACAGCGAUAUUUGUCUAUGCUGCUACAUCUCCAGUGAAUGGUUAUUUUGGAGGAAGUCUGUAUGCUAGACAAGGAGGAAGGAGAUGGAUAAAGCAGAUGUUCAUUGGUGCAUUCCUCAUCCCAGCUAUGGUGUGUGGCACUGCCUUCUUCAUCAAUUUUAUAGCCAUUUAUUACCAUGCUUCGAGAGCCAUUCCUUUUGGAACAAUGGUGGCCGUUUGUUGCAUCUGUUUUUUUGUUAUCCUUCCUCUAAAUCUUGUUGGUACAAUACUUGGCCGAAAUCUGUCAGGUCAGCCGAACUUUCCGUGUCGUGUCAAUGCUGUGCCUCGUCCCAUACCGGAGAAAAAAUGGUUCAUGGAGCCUGCAGUUAUUGUUUGCCUGGGAGGAAUUUUACCUUUUGGCUCAAUCUUUAUUGAAAUGUAUUUCAUCUUCACGUCUUUCUGGGCGUAUAAGAUCUAUUAUGUCUAUGGCUUCAUGAUGCUGGUGCUGGUCAUCCUGUGCAUUGUGACCGUCUGUGUGACCAUCGUGUGCACAUACUUCCUACUAAAUGCAGAGGAUUAUAGGUGGCAAUGGACAAGUUUUCUCUCUGCUGCAUCAACUGCAAUUUAUGUUUACAUGUAUUCCUUUUACUACUAUUUUUUCAAAACAAAGAUGUAUGGCUUAUUUCAGACAUCAUUUUACUUUGGAUAUAUGGCGGUAUUUAGCACAGCCUUAGGGAUAAUGUGUGGAGCAAUUGGUUACAUGGGAACAAGUGCCUUUGUCCGAAAAAUCUAUACUAAUGUGAAAAUUGACUAAAGACCCAAGAAAACCUGGAACUUCGGAUCAAUUUCUCUUUCACAGGGGUGGAACUUGCACAGCAAAAAAAGCGCAAGAAGAGAUUUGGGCUUUAAUACUGGGUACUUUGUGGGUCUCUCUUUCAUGGAUGGCUUAAAGUAACAUCUAUUUCCAUUGAUCCUAGGUUCUUAACUGACUGCUUUCUCCAACUGUUCACAGCAAAUGCUUGGAUUUUAUGCAGUAGGCAUUACUACAGUACAUGGCUAAUCUUCCCAAAAACUAGCUCAUUAAAGAUGAAACAGACCAGCUCUCUUCAGUGAAGAGGACAAAUAGUUUAUUUAAAGCAUUUGUUCCAAUAAAAUAAAUAGAGGGAAACUUGGAUGCUAAAAUUACAUGAAUAGAAAUCUUCCUGGCACUAGUGUUUCUACGUUAUUGAAAAAUGAUGUUCCAGAAAGAUUAAUUUUUUCUCUUAUUUUUACUGCCAUCGUCAACUUAUUGUGGGACGUUUUUAUAUAUUGAACCUGGGUUCUUUUUUGACCUGCCUUUUUUUUUUUUUUUUUCCCAAUUCAACUGCAUCCUUUUUUUUUUUUCACAGAGAGAAUUUAAAAAUAUUAAAUCCUGCGUGUAAUAUAUCUGCUGUCAUCUUAGUUGGACCAACUUCCCAUUUAUUUAUCUUAAAACUAUCCAGUUAUAUCUUAAUUCCAUCCAAAGAAGAUACAGUCUGAAGAUAGAGGUGUACUCUCUACAAUGCAAUUUACUGUACAGUUAGAAAGCAAAGUAUUAAAUGGAGGAGAUAUUUGUUUUUAUUAAACAUUUUGUGAUUUAGAUAAACUACAUUUUAACUGAAUGUCUAAAGUGAUUAUCUGCCCCCUCCCCCCAAGUUAGUCUUACAUCUUUUUUGGGUUUGAAUGAAGGUUUUACAUAAGAAAUUAUUAAAAACAAGGGGGGUGGGUAAUAAAUGUAUAUAACAUUAAAUAAUGUAACGUAGGUGUAGAUUCCCAAAUGCAUUUGGAUGUACAGAUUGACUACGGAGUACUUUUUUCUGAUAUGAUUGGUGUAGAAAUGUGUGAAUUUGGGUGGCUUUUUACAUCUUGCCUACCACUGCAUGAAACAUUGGGGUUUCUUCAAAAUGUGUGUGUUCAUACUUCUUUUGGGAGGGGGGAUUGUUUUCUUUGUUUUUUUCCUGAGACUCCUACAGGAGCUGAAUUUGUAAUUUAGAAACAUUUAAUUUUGUUAAUCCUGUCUGGGGCACUUAAGUAACAUCUAAAGCGUUACCGCUUUAGAAUGUUAAAAUAAAACUUCCUGACCAAAUUGUUUUGUGAAAAUACAUGUGUUUGCAAUUUGAAGAUAUCUUUUCAAAAGGCAAUUACUGAAUGCAAAUUUUUUACUCUACUAUAAACCAUGCUUUUCUAAUACAGGGGACAAUUACUUUAAAAUCCCCAAACUUGCUUACAUCUAGAUUAUCCAGUACAGUCACAAAGUGAAUGAGAAGCCCUUUGAGUGAAAUUGUGGCACAAAAUCUGUUCAGGUUGGUGUACCAUGUAAAGUGGGGAUGGGUAAAAGUGGUUAGCUUACUAGGGGAUGAGCAAAUAAAGGUUAUAGUUUUCUAAGAGAAGUAACUUUAAUUUUGAAUACAUCUUUCUGGAACGAUCCAUAAUGUGAAGUUUUCCUAGAACCAUUGAGUUUCUAGUUUAAUAGUUUGCUAUGCAAAUGACCACCUAAACAAACAAUACUGUAUAUUGGUAUUUUUAGAAAGACUCGAAACAGCUGUAAUUUAAACCUUAAUGUGAAACUCAUGCCAUUCAGAGUUACAUAAGGUGUUUUCAUUACAAAAUAUGUUUCUAUAAAUUAAGAGACUCUUCAUCCUAUAAUGUAGCAUGUAAGGACUAUAAAGGGUGAAAAGUUUGAUUUCUUACUACUUAAGUAUGGCUGACAUGAACAAACAGAAAUUUGAUCAAAAGCUGUAGGUAAAUCCUCUUCUCCAAACCAAAAUAUUAUAUUAAGUGUAAUCUACUGGUUCCUCCAUUUUCUCUUUCUUCUCACACCUGCCUUUAAGAUCUUAUAAGAAAAGGAACUAAAAGUCAGUACUUAAUGGCUUAUAUUAUGUAACUUUUAAACUGUGUGCUAAGUACCUAUAAGAACAUAGAGUCUGAUAGAUUGUAAAUUGGGUGGCAAGCUUCUGUCUUAAUAAAAUGAAAUUUGUUUCUCAUGAAUCUUGCAGGUAAGAUGUAGGGUUUUUAAAGAAUGAGUGGUUUAGCUGCUUUCAGGUACACCAAUUCUUUUACUAAAUUGAUCUGUAUUUAAAGUCCUUUGGAAUCUUCACUGAAAAAUAAUUUUCUAAUUUCCAAAUACAUUAAGAGCUCCAUUAAAAUGAGUAUAAGUCACCUUGAAAAGUCCUUUAAAAAAUAGGUUUUGGUUUAUGGCUUCAUAGAGGGGCUGGGUGUGUGUGUGUGUCUCUUGAAGAAGAUGUAAUCCACAAAUAGUUUAGCUCCCUAGCUCUCAGUUGUAGAAUUGUAAAAUAUGUUAUUUAAGUUAAUUAAAGGGUAGGUAGUGUUUUUCCACUCCAUAAAUGCUAGUUGUCUUUCAUUUGUUAACAUUUGCUCAACUUAUCAGCUGAUGCUUUGAACACUCUCAAAAACUGGGUAUUUGUAUCCGUAAGGACGCUUCUCCUGAAAUUUAGGUACAUUAGUAAGUGACAUUGUUAAUACAUAUAUCCUAGUACAAGAGUAGGAUAAGGUGGAAGUGUAAUGGCUGGAAGGGUGGUAAAGCAUUCUUUAGUAUAUCAUGUUGGACUCCUAGAUCGUGCUGAGUUUGCCCGUAAAUUGAGCCCCACGCCCUUAGAAUUCAUUAUAUUGUGGUGAUUUCUGAACCUAGUGAACGGUAUGCUUGAGUGUUUUCCAUUGCGAGUGGAUGGCCCUCUUUCUAAAGGUGGCUGCUGCAAAUUCCAGUUCUUCCAAAAGCCCCUUUAUUCAGGGUUUAUCCACAAAUUGUAUUCAUUUCGAUAAAGCUUUUGUUUCCUAAAUGUUUAUUGAUCACCUUAUGCCAAAUGUCUUGCAAAUAAAUAUUAUUUUAAGAUUUCCUGAAUUUUUACAAAUGUAAAAAAGGAAAAAAUGUAUUAAUGUCAUUUGUUCAGGAAAAGCUAUAUACCGAAGGGCUUCUGUAUAUGAAUUCUGGGAAAGAAAAGCCUAUUUGUAAUCUAUACACUGCAGUUCCAUCUGGGUUUUAAGUUUAGAUUUCAGCGUGUCUUAGUGCUUCAUUCUGUUGAUUUAUUGGAACACGUAAUAAAUAGGAGUAGUGACAUACGAGAACACAAGUAUUCAUUAAUGUUUUAUAUCUUCUUAAAAAUUGCAUACUUUUGAAGCUAUAUUUUAGCAAUCGAGAUGUUAAGGAGAUCAGAGAAGUGAAAAUUUAUAAAGAUUGUUUGGAAGUGUGUAUAGAAAUAGACUAGAUUUAGAGGUAGGGUAGUUCAGAAAGUUGACAUAUAGCUGCAGAAAUUUUAUAAAAUUUAAAUUCAGUAUGAGGAAUAACUCUUGUUCUCUCCUAUGAGCAUUUUCUAAAAGCCAUCUAAUUUGACAUUCUCUUUGGAACUGUAGGCAGAAUUGUGCAAAGACAAAAGUAAAGUUUUAAGUUUCACUUAAAGUUAUAAGUUCUUGUUUCACUGUAUUAGGAGAUGGAAAUAAACUGUUGUGAAGAAUGUUUACCUUGAAGUACUGGUGAACGAGUCUUGCUAAUAAUUGACUGAUAAAGCAGCAUUCUGUGUGUUAACUGUAAUUCAUCAGUUUAGGUCAUUUGAAAGUUAUAAACAUUACAAGUAAGAGCUUAGGCAAGGAGGAAAUAACAUGGCGUUCUAUUUGAAGGACAACAGAGUAUCUUUGGAAAAGCAGUCCCACUUGGGAUUUUCAACUGUGUCAAACAUGAAUCUCUAAAUCCCCACAGAGUACAGACAAUCGGUGACAGAGUUGAAAGGAAACAGUUAAUGCUCAAUGAUUACUUCCAUUUUUGUACCCACCCGUGAUUUGUGUAGGCCAUAUUCCAACUGGCUUUUUAGUAAUAGAAAUCCAGUGCAGUAUAUAAUGUAUCACAUUUGAAGUUCUAACCUAGUCUGUUAAUCUAACUGAAGUUGGAUUUUUAAAAAGUAAUAAAAAGUCAAAUGUU